AUGCAGAUUUUAGUACAGCAAGGUCCCGAGAGAGUAAUAGCACUCGCUUCUGAAAGCUUUGCAUUGUUGUUGAAAUAUGUCCCACCGAAGGAUAAGACACAUCCGGUGUGUACCAUUGAGAUGGUUCCCAAGAGCUAUUUGAAGAAGCAGAAAUUUGAAAAAUUGAGCAAGCUUGAAAUCCAUGGCUUCAUUGGGUUAAUUGAGUUGGAAGGAAGUAUUUUCAUAGGUACAAUUACUGGAAAAUCUGAGGUUGCCAGCCCAAUCCCGGGAGAAACAGUCAACAAAAUCUAUGGAGUUGAUUUCUUCUGUCUAGAUAGUAAUCGAUGGGAUUUCGUUGAGUUCGAUUCUAACGGAUUUCCAAUCAUACCAGAAGAAGAAUAUGCAAGCUCUUCCAAUCAACAGCAACAGCACCCGUGCCAUGAUUUGAAGAAAUUACUAUCGAACGGAUCAUUCUAUUAUAGUUCCGAUUUCGAUCUAACAUCUUUACUACAGUCUAGAGGUCUCAACCAGCAUUCGUUAUCCUUCGAUAAUUACCAAGAAGAGUACAUGUGGAAUUCCUUUUUAAUGCAAGAAAUCAUCACAUUUAGAAACCAUUUGGACGAUAAAGCCAAGCAAAUAAUGGAUGAUGAAGGAUUCUUAACGACAGUGAUCAGAGGUUUUGCUGAAACUUUCCCAUCAUAUAUCGGCAGAAUGCCCGUCAAUUUAACUAUGAUAUCAAAACAAUCUUGGAAAAGAGCGGGAACAAGAUUUAAUGUUAGAGGUAUUGAUGACGAGGCAAAUGUAGCAAACUUUUGUGAAACUGAAUUUAUUAUGUAUUCAGAGGAAUACUGCUUUGCUGUGACAGAAAUUAGAGGAAGUGUACCUGUUUUCUGGGAACAAGAUACAGCUCUAAUCAAUCCAAAGGUUACAAUUACCAGAUCUGUCGAGGCAACGCAAUCGACCUUCGAUGAGCACUUUAAGAGAUUAAUACAAAAAUACGGCCCUGUUCAUGUAGUAAAUUUAUUAUCAACGAAAUCUUCCGAAAUAGAACUAACGAGACGAUACAGAGAGCAUUUCGAGCGUUCAAAAAGCCUCAAAUUAAACUCUGAAAUUUUUUUAACUGAGUUUGACUUUCACAAAGAGACCAAAGAAGAAGGAUUUGCUGCUGCAUCAAAAAUCAUGCCUACAUUAGAGCGCUCUAUUCUGGAAAAUGGUUAUUUCUCAUACGAUGUUAAAGAGAAAAAACAAUUGUCUGAGCAAAAUGGUGUUUUCAGAACAAACUGUUUAGAUUGCUUAGACAGAACCAAUCUAAUUCAGCAGUUUAUUUCAAGAUAUACAUUUAUCUUGUUUUUAGAAGAUUUCCAAUUAAUCAAACCAAAACUUCCAUUAAUCGAAGAAUAUGAUUGGUAUCAAAAACACAAUAAUAUCUGGGCUGAUCACGGUGAUGCAGUUUCUCAAAUUUAUACAGGAACGAAUGCAUUAAAAUCAUCAUUUUCAAGAAAAGGUAAAAUGUCAUUUGCUGGUGCUCUCUCUGAUGCAACAAAGUCCGUCAGUAGAAUGUACAUCAAUAACUUUAUGGACAAAAAUAAACAGAUGAACAUCGACGCAUUGUUGGGCCGUCUACCACAUCAGCAUUCUGUCGAAUUAUUCGAUCCGAUCAAUGACUACGUUAAUGAAGAACUUAGAAAACAAGAAGCACAGUUUACUACCACUAGUAACAUUAAGAUCUUAUGUGGCACAUUCAACGUAAAUGGACUCACCAAGUCUGUAGAUUUAUCAGAAUGGCUAUACCCUAUUGGCAAAAGAUAUCUUCCUGACAUUGUUGUACUGGGUUUGCAAGAAGUAAUUGAAUUGAAUGCGUCUUCGAUUUUGAACGUUGAUACUUCAAAGUCACAAUUUUGGAAAGACUUAGUUCAUAGUUGCUUGAACAAACAUGAAAAUUAUAUCAUGUUGAGAGCCGAGCAAAUGUCAUCUUUGAUUAUAUUAUUCUUUGUCAAAGCUGACAAAGUUGGAAAUGUAAAAAGAGUAGAGGGUUCUUCAAAGAAAACAGGUCUAGGAGGAAUGACCGGUAACAAAGGUGCUGUUGCCAUUAGAUUCGACUAUGGAAGUACAUCUUUCUGCUUCAUCAAUGCUCAUUUAUCUGCUGGCGUGAAUAAUGUAGAGGAACGUAGAAGUGAUUAUGAGAGUAUAACCAAGGGAAUUAGUUUCAGCAGGUCAAAAAGAAUUGAUCACCAUAAUUCCACUUUCUGGCUCGGUGAUUUAAAUUAUAGGAUUGAGUUGCCAAACGAAAAGGUAAGGAGUAUCCUCUCAUUACCUGAUAAUGCUGAUUUGGAUAAAUUGCUGGAGCAUGACCAGCUGACAUCGGAAAUGGCUUCAGAAUCUGUCUUCAAAGGUUUCAUGGAACCAUCAAUUCAGUUUAGACCAACGUACAAGUACGAUCAUGGUACAGACAGAUACGAUACUUCCGAAAAAGCUAGAAUUCCAUCAUGGACGGAUAGAAUCUUAUACAAAGGUGAAAACUUACAACCAAUGGCGUAUAGUGAUGCCAAAUUGAAUUUGAGUGAUCACAAACCUGUUUAUGCAGCUUACAAAGCCAAGGUCAAAUUUAUUGACGAAGAAUCAAAGAUACAAAUGACCAAGAAACUAUAUAUGGACUACAAACAAUCACAUCCUCAAGAUUCCGGUUCUAUCAAUAGUGCAUUGCUUGAUCUUGAGCUAGUUGACGCGAAGGAGGAGCCUAAACCGGUGAUUUCGACAGAAAUGAGUCUGUUAGAUCUGGAUCUACAUUUCGAAUCUGCCGGAGUGAGCACAAGCCGGGCGAUGCCGCCAAAACCACUAUCACCUUCUUCAAGAUCUUCAUCCUCAAUGAGUAGUCUAUCUUUGACUAGUCCACCAGUUGGACCAACUGCCAGAAGGGGCGAUACCGUAAGAAAUGGUGCUCAACUAACAAAAGAACCGGAAGCCGUAAGAAGAGUGCCUCCACCCCCUCCACACAAGAAACCAGUCAUAACAUUGGAUUCUCCUGUUCGAACGCCGUCCCCCUCAUCAAUAUCCACGUCAGCUUCGGAUCGAAAAAUCACCCUGGUUCCACCACCUCCACCUUCCAGAAAGCCUAACCCUCCACCUGGUUUCUCUGAUGUCAUAUUAACUCCAAAGGGAUCCACUCCUGAGCCUGUAGCAUCACCUCCAGUACCCAUAGAUACUGCCGAAUCAUCUGCAAAGAAAUCAAAACCUCAUGUUCCUUCAAAGAAACCUGAACUAGCAAUGUCCCUGGAUUCUUGGAAACCACUUCAACCAAAAUAG